AUGAACUGUCGCCCAGGGGGUGGAACUCAGUCGAGAAACCGCAGAUUGAUACCUCAAAAAUUAAGUCACUUCUUCUCAAGUUUUCCCGAUUCGUAUGAGUUCCCCGCUCUUCCCGAUUGGCUUCUUCGACGGCCUAUGGGGAGUGUAUGGUGCGUGCCCAAGUCUCCGCAGCAGCAACAUCCACACGGUAGUCGGAAUACUGGUCGACGCAACCGAAUCGAACCCGAAUCGAAUGCUCAGUUUAUUCAAAGACGCCGAUCCAGCAGCAAAAAGAGACCCAGCAAAGUAGCCGACUUGACAUACAAGAAUACGUGGUCAUCUUUCCUGAAAACUUCAAAAUCUGAUCAGGUUACGUUUUUUCCUAUUAAAUCUCCGCCGUCCACAGUUGAACCUAAUAGCAGACCAAGUGUUCGUUUCAACCAACGCCGGAGUUGGGAUGAUACGGUCGUGCUAGAGCGUCGGCCGUCCACCGAGAACCGCCAACGAAAACCUCUCAGUUCCAGUCCUGUCCGACGUCGUCCUUCUUCAAUGCGGGCCGAUUCAAGAAAAUAUUCCAAACUCGAAUCAAAGGCAUUGAGGGAAGCUUGGCUCAACGAAAAUGUCUACCCUCAAUUUGACAGCAGUUACUUGGCCGGCAGUGCGGCUCUGAUGGUUUCCAGUAUUGCACAACCGCCUACCGUUCGCAAGAGUUCUGCAUACACGCUGCGCGAGUACGUACGACCGUGUCCUCCCAUACCGCCAUACAGAUCGAGUAGACGAAGGGUCGAUUCAGUGGAAGCCAACGUCUCGUCGGGAACAAACAGCGACAGCUUUGUGACACCAGGCUCGAUGGAGAUGAGUGGUACGUCGACUUUGGCCACCACUUCGGGCUCUGUGAACGUCAAUGCCACAUCGUCGCCUACAACUUCGUUUGAUUCGAUGCAAGCGCGCUACUCAACUCGGCCAGCCGCACCGUCACCUCCAGACCGAUACGAACGUUCCUAUUUCCAGGACGAUAGUUUGGAAACGGCCGAAACCAGUCAAUCGGUGGAAGUACAAGUCUCUUCAACCCUGACUACUCGGAGCAGUAGCACGUCUAUGCAGCCUCACAUGUCUAGCGAAAGCUCAAUAGGGUAUCCGACGCUUUACGUCCACAAUGUUGCGGCCGCAACAACGGCUCGCGACGUGCUCAUAAAGGAACGAGCCAUUUCUUCAGCCAACAGUCGUAAGUCUUGUCUCAAAGAAGGUAGUGCCAGGAAGUCUCGCACAACCACAUUCAAGGACCCGUCGAGAUUGGAGUGGACCAAACGCUAUCUUUUCACGCUUGCGCAACCCAGUCGAAGUAGUUACCACGAUCGCAGUUCAUCCAUGUCCCGUGUCUCCUCAUCUGAUCCUCGCGAUUUCCAAGUUUACACCGUUCAGCAGCGUCCAUGGCAGUCUAAUCCGGAUCUCAGGAUGCAAAAGUGGAAACCCAAUGCCGUUGCCGCAAAUGCAAUUGGACUGCACUCGUCCUCCGUUGACGACUCCCUGGACGUUGUAGAAUUUAUGAAACGGAAGAAGCAGUUCUUAGCUCAACUCCUUGAAGGACGGACAAAUGAAGAAGAUUCAUACAGGUCGUUGAAACGUGAACCACGUUCAUUGGCCCUAGUCCAAAGCGCGACUCGCAGUGUAUCUGCUGGUCGUAGUCGUAGCUCAGACAAUUCCGCCCAAUAUUCAACUGGUUACGGCUCCGACGAACUGGAAAUCUCACGAUACGCUGACACGAGAACUUGA